AUGAAGCAAAUGAUCGCGGCCACAUCAUCCAACCAUUCGAAGAUAUUGGCCAUUCAUGAGGCCAGCCGCGAGUGUGUCUGGUUGCGGUCCAUGACCCAACACAUUCGAGUUGAUUGUGGGAUGUCCGAAGGGAAAGACGCACCGACCAUCAUGUACGAGGACAAUGCCGCAUGCAUAGCUCUGCUUAAGGACGGCUACAUCAAAGGAGACAGGACGAAACACAUCCUGCCUAAGUUCUUUUUCACGCACGAGUUGCAGAAAGCCAGUGCGGUCCAAGUGGUACAAGUGCGUUCAAGUGACAACUCAGCUGAUCUAUUCACCAACUCGCUUCCAACAUCAACGUUCAGGAAGCUCACGCAUCAGAUUGGGAUGUGUAGACUGAAAGACCUUCAGUGA